AUGGCUUAUUUACACUUUUGGUUUCGUUGUAAUUGUGUGUGGUUAAGCGUUAAAUUUACUAAUUUGACUUCACAUUCUAUGUUGUUGAUUCAAAGGAGGGAAAUUUUCUUAUUAGUAAAUGGAGAAAAAUUAAAAUCAAAAUUUCUUUUGGUUCCCAAUGAAAAAACAACAAAUAUUUGCCAAAGAAAUGUAACAAUAAUAUCGAAAUCAAAACCUUGCGAAAAUAAAUUUAAAUUUGAUUCGAAUACAAUAAGUCAGCUGUCUGUGAGUAACGAGAUACAGUUUUUCAGAGAUGUUAGAAAUAAUUACACAGAAGCAAAAUAUUCUGAUGAUGAAGAACCCUAUGGACCACCACUUGCUAUUUUACUCCCUUGGAAAACCUUAAGCGAAACCCUUUUAUCAAAAUUAAUUGAAAUCUAUGGUGAAAAAGGUUUUGACGUUGUUUGCGUUUGUUUAAAACCAGAACAAUAUUUGUAUCCGUGCGUUUCCGGAAGUGCCAUGAAUGUCGUUUCCGAUUUACUAAAUUAUUUAAACGAUUGUCAUAGAAAUAGACCUUACGUUAUUCACGGAUUUUCCAUUGGCGUGUACAUGUACGGUGAAAUGUUGGCACAAUUUUCCGAUCAGUUUGACACGCACAGGUGCAUAAUGAAUAACAUAAGGGGAUGCUUGUGGGAUAGUCCCGUCGACAUAUUUGCCGUUAAAUCUUGCAUUGGAAAAUAUUUUUAUCCGCAAAAUUGGUUUCAAAGAUUGAAAUGCAACAGGGCCGUAAAAAGUCAUUUUAAUAAACAUUAUCACGAUUCUGUGACUUAUUGGGUUCGAUCAAAAAAUAAUUUUUGUAAUCCCGUCGUGAAAGUUCCCAACGUUUUUUUCAUUUCUUGCAACGACAUGCUAAGCAAUCCCUCCUCCCUUCAAGACGUUCAAAAAAGUUUAGAAUGUAACGGAGUGAAAAUAUUUCAAAAAGCCUGGUGGGAUAGCACUCACACGGGUCAUUUUGAAAAAUAUUGUUACGAAUACACGUACGGAAUGUUUUUGUUUUUUAAUUUGGCCAAUUUGUUUCCGGAUUCUUGUGGAAAAUAUCGGAGUUGUGGAAAAAAUAGAAUUCAAUCCAUGACCAACGUUUUAUUAAGUAAAACGUCGAGAAACAAUUUUCCGCAAUGA